AUGGAGGAAACGCGUGAGAAGAUCGAGUUGUUCCGCAAUUAUUACCUAGUGUGUUUCCGCUCAUUCGACCAGGACCCAUUCUCCCCCACCCACCUCGAACCCCUUAACAUGUAUAUCAUCGUCUUCCGCGAGGGCAUCUUGUCCUUCCACUUCCGCGCUACCCCACACCCAUCCAACGUCCGCAGGCGCAUCAAGCAGCUUCGCGAUUAUAUCAGCGUGACGAGUGACUGGAUCUCAUAUGCCCUGAUCGACGACAUCACGGACGCAUUUGGCCCCCUCAUCCAAGGCAUCGAGUACGAAGUCGACAGUAUCGACGAGCUCGUACUUAUCCUCAAGCAGGCGGAGCAGAGCGACAUGCUUCGCCGUAUCGGCACAUGCCGGAAGAAAGUCAUGGGCCUCCUUCGGCUCAUGGGCAACAAGGCGGAUGUCGUAAAAGGUCUUGCGAAGCGUUGCAAUGAGCAGUGGAGCAUUGCCCCGAAAUCUGAUAUCGGCCUGUAUCUUUCCGAUAUUCAGGACCACUUGAUCACCAUGACUCAGAAUUUGAACCAUUAUGAGAAGAUUCUCUCGCGUUCCCACUCGAACUACCUGGCACAAAUCUCGAUCGACAUGACCGACGCGAACAACCAGAUCAACGACGUGCUCUCUAAGCUCACUGCGCUCGGUACUGUACUUAUCCCCAUGAAUUUGAUCACAGGUCUGUGGGGAAUGAACGUCCACGUUCCUGGCCAGAACGUCGAUGGAUAUGCUUGGUUCCUCGGGAUUGUUGGAUCGUUGAUCGCUUUCGCUAUCGUCGGUGCCUUCCUAACCUAUAAAUUGAUGGUUUCUCGUUAG